AAUGACCCCAUUUAUAGGGUGUAAUAUAUCACUGAAUGGCCAGUAUGAUUGACCAGUAUGAUAAUGAUAUGCCAUUAUAGUAAUCAAGUCUUUUAAUUACACACCUAUGGAUGAUUUUGGGGAAGAUGUGUUAGAAAAAUCACAAACUGAUGGAAGAAUUGUGUGCAGUUCCAGAGUAGAAUCUAUGCCAAAAUACACUGAGGUUGUUUUGGAAUGUUAUGAUUAUCCAACACCCUACUAAACUGAUAUUACCUGCAGUACGGCAACAAAAUUAGCUGGAGUCAUGAAUAGAAUGCUUGUAAUUGCAAUUAUCUGUUUGUCUAUAUAAUUUAGGUCUUUGGACUUAUUCUUUCAAGAAGCUAACAUCUGCAUCGUUUAUGUUUUUUUUUUCAUCAACAGAUGCAACGUUUUAAACGAGCUGUUUAAGCUAAAUAUCCCUUGUUCGAAUGAAUUGUGUAUUAGCCUGAGUUGGAUAUUGAGUACAAUAAUAAUAAUUUGUCAGGCACUAGGACCAGGGGCAUGCCCUUUCCUGUGGAGGCACUCAGACAGACUUCUUACUCUAACUUUUCACAGCAAUCUGUUUCUCAGCCACUACAGAGCAGUGUGGCACUGGAUGACAGAAGGAUUUGGUUUUCCUGAUCUGGAAUUUGGGAUUAAAUGGAAGAAUAAAGUUUGGAAUUUUUUUUACUUCAAAACUCUGGAAUGUCAGCAGUUUACAUACAACACUUUGGAAAGUGUCAGAAGAGGAAUGACAAGAAGUGCUGAAUACAGGGAGAAAGACAUCUGAGAAUCAGAGAGCUUGUAGAAGCUAAUGACUUGACACUGGCUGCUCAUACCAUUAUGAAACCCCAGUACUCCCCCUGAGGCCAGACAGGAAAGACGAGUUCAUUUGGACACGUCUCACAGGUCCUGCUUUGCCCAUGCGGUGGUCCAUGUUAGCUCUGCUGCUCCUGUUCUGCGGCCACAAUUUGGCAUUGCGAGCGGGCGAUAUCUGCCCACAGGACAGCAAGCAUGAGCAGACAUCUGAUACCACUCCCACCGUGGACCCCAAACUCUUCAACAAGAGGCGGUACCGGUCACCUCGCGUGCUUUUCAGUGAACACCCCCCCGAUUCAGAGCCUUCAGAACACCAGGGCUCAAAGGACAGGACAAAGAGGCGGGCAGGACAGCCGCAGAACCGUGGCGUGUACUCAGUGUGUGAGAGCGUCAGCUUCUGGGUGGGUAAUAAGACAAAAGCAACGGACAUCUCAGGCAAUGAGGUAACUGUGCUGCCUGACGUCAACAUCAAUGAUGUUAAGAAAAAGCAGUACUUCUUUGAAACGGUGUGCAGCGAGUCCAGAACCGGGGGCUCUGGAUGUCUUGGGAUUGAUGUGCGCCACUGGAACUCAUACUGCACCAACUCUCAUACAUUUGUGAGAGCACUGACUUCUUUUAAAAACCUGGUGGCUUGGAGACUUAUUAGGAUCAACGUAGCCUGUGUGUGUGUGCUCAGCCGCAAGUCAUGGAGACAAUGACAGUAUGUCAUAUAAAGGUUGACUUAUUGAUGUCGUAUAUUGAUGUUAUCGGUACCAUCAAUAAAAAGAUUAUGAACAAGGCGAUCAUUUGAUAUGCCUUAAUACUAUUAUUAUUUCUUUGGCUUUAUGAGAGUCUAUUCGAGAGCCAUGUGGAAAAAUCUGUAGCAGAACAUAGUAUCCUAUUAUAUUUCAAGAUGGACAUGCGUAGUUUACUAUGCGGACUACAGAGAUAACAGAUCAAAAAUGCUUGUUUAUGAUGACUGCAUGUGUUAUGCAUUAUUUUGUUAUUGUUAUUGCUAUUGUUAUUUAUUAAAUCUGAAGCAUUAUUA